AUGUCGCCCAUACCCAGGCUGAACCCCAGUCACGGCCAUGACAACCAUCACUACCAUGACCUGGUAUCCCAAGAACCCAGAGAGACCUACAACUUCUUCGAAGGGUUGAAACUGCCCAACAUCUUUAUCCGCUGCUGGGCGCCCAAGAACUCUUGCAGUCCGGAACAACGACCACUACUGCUGUCUUCCUCCUCCGUCUACUCCAGCAUCUCCGCAUCACCGUCACCGGCACCCUCCUCCCUGGCACAAAAGUAUGGCACCUGCAUCGAGAUCCUUCACUACGGCGCGUUCAGCUCCGUGCGCCUGUACGGCCGCAGGCCCACCUCCAGUCCUACAGGUACAUCCUCCAAACAACUCCACGUCAUCAAGGUCUUCCGCCGCUCCUCCAGCCCAACAAUCCUAACCCACCACCGCUUCGAACAAUCCCUCUCCUCCUCCCUCUCCCACCCCAACAUCCUCCGCACCAUUGACUCCCUCCUCAACGACCGCGGCGAGCUCUGUCUGGUAACGGAGUACUGCGCCGCCGGCGACCUCUGCACCCUCAUCGCAACAGCAGGCGCCACGCUCACCCUCACGGACAUCAACUGCUUCUUCAAGCAGACCAUGCGCGCAAUCGCCUACCUCCACGACCGCGACAUCGCCCACCGCGAUCUCAAACCUGAGAAUAUCCUCCUCACCGUCUACGGGGCGGUGAAAUUGGCCGACUUUGGGAGCGCCGUGUGUCGGCCCCGUGGUGAGGCCUCUGACUCGGAUACCGAGGCUGAGGGUGCGGUGGCCUACUCAUACUCCCCGCCCCGGAAACUGCUUGGGACGAUACCCUACAUUGCGCCGGAGGAGCUGUGCGAGGUCCAGAGGUUCGACCCGCGGGCGGGCGAUGUCUGGGCUGCGGGGCUGGUGUAUAUGGCAAUGCGGUGUCGGCGGCUGCUGUGGCGCAUGGCGAGCGAGGAGGAGGAUGGGCGGUACCGGGAGUAUCUUGUUGGGCGGAAGGGGGAGGAAGGGUAUGCGCCUAUUGAAGGGUUGGGAGAGAAGCGGUGUCGCAAUGUGGUGUAUGCGAUGUUGGAUCCGAAUCCGAGGCGGCGCAUCACGGCGUCGCAGGUGCUCCGGUCUGAGUGGAUGUAUGGAGUGAGGGUUUGUCGGGCUGGAGAGAUGGGGCUGUAA